GUUAGGGCGAGAGGGUGGACUGAAUUAAACUGGCCAAAGGUAGAUACCAGUGGCAGGCUCUUGUGAAUACGGUAAUGAACAUUUAGAAUCAAUAACACGCUGACAAUUUUGCCUGUGAACAAUUGCUAGCUUCAACUGAAGGGCUCACUUCCAAAGGGCAUGAUCUAAGUGGCACAGAAGGGGGUGAUGUGCCUAGUGACAACUAUUGAGCGCUAUUGAGGUCUGCAGAAGGCCGUGGAUUUAAUUAAAUUGGACCCACGCUCCCAUGACGAAAUGCACUAAUGUCCUUACCUUACAAAUAUCAACUGAUAGAGCAUUCUGUAUCAUCAGUUCCCUGUAUAAUGGAGAAUAUACCGAAGCUCAACACGGAAUUUAUAAAAGUUGAACCCAUUUCAGAAGAAAGAACUUCACCAAGUUCCUCCUUGACCGAAGUUAAUUUUAUUGAUAUGAAGGAUCCCCUGUUAUUGAUGUCGCCGUUCUUGAAGGUCGAAAAUAAUGUUGAGGCAUUGAAUGGCACAGCAAUCAAGGAGGAAGUGAAGGAUGAGAUAACAACAGACGAACAUGAAAUGUAUGUUGACAGUGGAAGGCAAGUGACCAGUCCACAAGAUGAAACUGUUUUAGGUGUCUGUUCAGAUUACAUGCAUUUCAACAGUCAGCAUGCUACUGAAUCAGACAGUGGAAAUUUAAACAUCUCAGAUAAAGUUGACAUUUUAACACAGAAUCUGUCAACUUGUACCCGCAUUAAGAAGCAUAAAUGUGAAGUAUGCAACAGGCAGUUUUCAAAAAGUGGCCACCUAAAGCGACAUUUUCGAACUCAUACAGGUGAAAAGCCUUUUCAGUGUGAAUCUUGCAAGAAGCGUUUCAUACAAGCCUGCACAUUGAAGAAACAUUUGCGUGUCCAUACAGGAGAGAAACCCUACAAAUGCGAUGUGUGUGACAAGUUGUUCAAGCACACAAUUUCGUUAAAAAAUCAUUAUGUUUUGCACACAGAUGGGAAGGCUCUCAGUUGUGAUAUAUGUUCAUUGAAGUUCUCCAAGAAAGAUCUUCUAAUGAAGCAUAAAAAACUGCAUGUGGGUGCAAAGCCUUACAGCUGCUCAGUAUGCAACAAAAUGUAUUCAAAAAAGUACAAACUGACGUACCAUUAUCGCGUUCACACAGGGGAAAAGCCAUAUAUUUGUGACGUAUGUGAUACAAAAUUUACAAGAAGAGAUUCUUUGAAUAAGCACUACCGUUCGCACACAACCAGGGAAUUUUAUAAUUGUGAAACAUGUAAUAAGCCAUUCUCAACAAAAUAUUAUUUAAAAGAACAUUAUCGAACGCACACUGGUGAGAAACCUUUUGCUUGCAAUAUAUGCAAUGCAACAUUCUCAAGGAGGUUUACUCUCACAAACCAUCAUCGUACGCACACUGGGCAGAGAGCAAAUGUUUUAAGUAUGUGAUAUAGCGAUUUUGAUUUAGAUGGAUCUUGCGGCUACUUAACUUGUUGGUGGUUUAUUUUACGAUGAUGUCAUAUGUUACUUAUAGAACACUGAUUUUGUAUAAUGAUGUGCGAAUAGGAGAGGAUUUAGAAGGAAGUAAUUGUGGUUUAAUUGAGGUAUCAGGAAUUUUGGUGGAGGGCAUGAGAAAAUUCACGAAAAACCUGUAAUUAUGGUUGGUGUUCGAGUGAAGCCUCAAACAAAGCACCCCACAAAAAAAAUGUGGAAUGUUACCAACCUGCUUGGUAAAACCUAAUUAUGUUAAAGAUGCAAGUAUAUCCAUGUAUUAAACAUAACCAUAUAUUCCAACCAUAGUGGACAAAAUACGCAGUACAAUGAAGCACCGGUUAAACAAUAAAUACCAAAUAAUACUGCACUAAUACCACAGGCCUCCAAGCAGUUAACUAUACGUGUACAAGUCAAUGAAUAUACCGCUAUAUAUCCGCUGGAAUGAAACAACAAGAUAGCAACAACUGACAUCAUAGUAUGAAACAUUACAUGAAUAGUUUGUAACCACAUUUAUUGUAUAACUUUCAUUUUAUAACAAUUUUAUAGUUUAUUUGUAUUUUUGUACCUUGUAUUAUUAUCAUGUAAAAGUUGUCAAGCAUCUAGCUCCACUGUACCAUCACAUUGAAAUGCAGUUCAAUAGUAUGUGACUGUAGUAACCAUGUAUUUGCCUGAUGAUGGCUUGAAAAGCCGAAACAUGUAGCUAAGGUGAUAUUGCCCUAGACCGUUUCAUUGUUUUAUUACGACGGAUCCCAAUAAAGAAUUUUAUUAAAUGUG